AUGUCUCCUCUCGCCGAGUUCCCCCAAUGCCUGGAGGCGCCAAGUUCCCCCUGUCCCUCUCGCCGAGUUCCCCCGCCUCCUCUCGCCAAGUUCCCCCAGCCCCUCUCGCCAAGUUCCCCCCCCUCCGCUCCUCUCGCCAAGUUCCCCCAGCCCCCUCUCGCCGAGUUCCCCCUGCCAGAGUCAAUCGCCGAGUUGCCCCAGCCCCUCUCGCCGAGUUCCCCCUGCCCCCUCUCGCCGAGUUGCCCCAGCCCCCUCCUCGACGAGUUCCCCCUGCCCCCUCUCGCCGAGUUGCCCCCAGCCCCUCUCGCCGAGUUCCCCCUGCCCCCUCUCGCCGAGUUCCCCCAGCCCCCUCUCGCCGAUUCCCCCAGGCCCCUCUCGCCGAGUUCCCCCAGCCCCCUCUCGCCGGUUCCCCCAGCCCCCUCUGCGAGUUCCCCUGCCCCCUCUAGUUCCCCCUGCCCCCUCUCGCCGAGGUUCCCCCAGCCCAAUCUGAGGAGUUCCCCCAGCCCCCUCUCCAGUUCCCCCAGCCCAAUCUGGAGUUCCCCAAGCCCCCUCUACAGAGUUCCCCCAGCCCCCUCUACAGGAGUUCCCAGUACAGAGUCUGUGGAGGCUAUCACCUGCCCCCUCUCGCAGAGUUCCCCUGUGCCGAGUUCCCCCAGCCCCCUCUCGCCGAGUUCCCCCAGCCCCCUCUCGCUGGAGCCCCCUCUCGCUGGGUUCCCCAGCCCCCUCUACAGAGUGUUCCCCUGCCCCCUCUCGCUGAGUUCCCUCAGCCCCCUCUCGUCGAGUUCCCCCUGCCCCCUCUCGCCGUGUUACCCCAGCCCCUCUGAGUUCCCCUGCCCCCUCUCGCCGAGUUCCCCCUGCCCCCCCUCGAGUUCCCCCAGCCCCCUCUCGCCGAGUUCCCCCUGCCCCCUCUCGCCGAGUUCCCCCAGUCUGCCGAGUUCCCCCAGCCCCGGGGGCCGAGUUCCCCCCUGCCCCCUCUCGCCGAGUUCCCCCUGCCCCCUCUAUCGAGUUCCCCCAGCCCCUCUCACCGAGUUCCCCCUGCCCCCUCUCGCCGAGUUCCCCAGCCCCCUCUCGCCGAGUUCCCCAAGCCCCCUCUCGCCGAGUUCCCCCAGCCCCCUCUCGCCGAGUUCCCCCUGCCCCUCUCGCCGAGUAUCACCUGCCCCCUCUCGAGAGUUCCCCCUGCCCCCCUCGAGGCGUUCCCCCAGCCCCCUCUCGCCAGUUCCCCCAGCCCCCCUCUCGCUGAGUUCCCCAGCCCCCUCUGUUGAGUUCCCCCUGCCCCCUCUCGCCGAGGUGCCCCAGCCCCCUCUCGCCGGUGUUCCCCCUGCCCCCUCUCGCCGAGUUGCCCCAGCCCCUCUCGACGAGUUCCCCCUGCCCCCUCUCGAGUUGCCCCAGCCCCCUCUCGCCGAGUUCCCCUGCCCCCUCUCGCCGAGUUCCCCAGCCCCCUCUCGCCGAGUUCCCCAGCCCCCCUCUCGCCGACCCCCUCUCGCCGAGUUCCCCCUGCCCCCUCUCGCCGAGUUCCCCCUGCCCCCUCUCGCCGAGUUCCCAGCCCCUCUCGCCUGGUUCCCCCUGCCCCCCUCCGCCGAGUUCCCCAGCCCCCUCUCCCGAGUUCCCCAAGCCCCCUCUCGCCGAGUUCCCCCAGCCCCUCUCGCCGGUUCCCCCUCCCCCUCUCCUCCGAUUCCCUCAGCCCCCUCUCGCCGAUCCCUGCCCCCUCUCGCCGUGUUCCAGCCCCCUCUCGCCGAGUUCCCCAGCCCCCCUCUCGCCGAGUUCCCCUGCCCCCCUUUCCCCCAGCCCCUCUCGAGUUCCCCAAGCCCCCCUCUCGCCGAGUUCCCCAGCCCCCUCUCUCGCCGAGUUCCCCUGCCCCCUCUCGCCAAGUAUCACCUGCCCCCUCUCGCCGAGUUCCCCUGCCCCCCCUCGCUCGAGUUCCCCCAGCCCCCUCUCGCCGAGUUCCCCCAGCCCCCUCUCGCUGAGUUCCCCCAGCCCCCUCUCGCCGAGUUCCCCCAGCCCCCUCUCGCCGAGUUCCCCCAGCCCCCUCUCGCUGAGUUCCCCCAGCCCCCUCUCGCUGAGUUCCCCCAGCCCCCUCUCGCCGAGUUCCCCCAGCCCCCUCUCGCUGAGUUCCCCCAGCCCCCUCUCGCUGAGUUCCCCCAGCCCCCUCUCGCUGAGUUCCCUCAGCCCCCUCUUAAGUUCCCCAGCCGACUCUCGCCGAGUUCCCCCAGCCCCUCUCGCCGAGUUCCCUCAGCCCCCUCUCGCCGAGUUCCCCCUGCCCCCUCUCGCCGAGUUCCCCCGCCCCCUCUCGCCAAGUUCCCCCCGCCUCCUCUCGCCGAGUUCCCCCUGCCCCCUCUCGCCGAGUUCCCCCAGCCGACUCUCGCCGAGUUACCCCAGCCCCCUCUCGCCGAGUUCCCCCGCCCCCUCUCGCCAAGUUCCCCCGCCUCCUCUCGCCGAGUUCCCCCCGCCCCCUCUCGCCAAGGUCCCACCGCCUCCUCUCGCCGAGUUCCCCCUCUCGCCAAGUUCCCCCGCCUCCUCCGCCGAGUUCCCCCCGCCCCCUCUCGCCGAGUUCCCCCUGCCCCCUCUCGCCGAGUUCCCACUGCCCCCUCUCGCCAAGUUCCCCAUGCCCCCUCUCGCCGAGUUCCCCCUGCCCCCUGCCCCCUCUCGCCGAGUUCCCCCUGCCCCUCUCGCCGAGUUCCCUCUGCCCCCUCUCGCCGAGUUCCCCUGCCCCCUCUCGCCGGUUCCCCCAGGCCCCUCUCGCCGAGUUCCCCAGCCCCUCUCGCCGAGUUCCCCAGCCCCCUCUCGCCGAGUUACCCCCUGCCAAAUCUCGCCGGAGUUCCCCCUGCCCCCUCUCGCCGAGUUCCCCCUGCCCCCUCUCGCCGAGUUACCCCAGCCCCCUCUGCCGAGUUCCCCCAGCCCCCUCUCGCUUCGCCGAGGUGA